CAUGAAGAAGAAGCUGCGUGGCGGUGGCUGUCUGUUUCUGUGUCUAUGCAUUACAAAACGAUGAAGGUUUUGCGGCCAGACAAAAAUGGCUGGCUCUCCAUCCUCCACCCACUGCUUUCUAUUACUUAUCCUCUUCCAUUUUAUCCACCUCAUAUUCUUUCAACACCCAAUGCUCUUUGCCUAUUUCUUCUCUUAUCUGCUUAUCUUCUUCCUUCCUCUGCACCACUUUUGGCUCCAACUUCAUCAAUGGCGACUGAUCAGAACACGCCCCAAAGAAGGGAUUCCAAUACCCAGCUUCUGGACGAGCUUGAGGCUCUGAGCCAAUCGCUCUACCAAACCCACAUCUCCACUACUCGAAGAACAGCCUCGCUUGCUCUGCCUCGGAGCUCUCUUCCUUCUAUUCCCUCUGCUGAAGAUGUGGGCGUCACCAGAACUGACGAUAAAUUCAACAAACCGAGGUCCCGGCGGAUGUCUCUGUCGCCGUGGCGUUCUCGCCCCAAGCUUGAUGGUGAGGAUAACUCGCAAACGGAACGAAACAGGGUAUCUUCGAGUCAGCCGGAGACGAGGAAGUUGGAUGAAGCGGCGCCGGAGAAGAAGGGGAUAUGGAAUUGGAAGCCGAUUCGAGCUCUCACCCACAUCGGAAUGCAGAAGAUAAGUUGCUUGUUCUCUGUUGAAGUCGUCACCGUUCAGGGCCUUCCCGCUUCCAUGAAUGGGCUUCGACUUUCCGUUUGUGUGAGGAAGAAAGAGACCAAAGAUGGAGCUGUCAACACAAUGCCGUCUAGGGUUACGCAAGGCGCUGCGGAUUUCGAAGAGACUUUGUUCCUCAAAUGCCAUGUUUAUUGCACUCCUGGAAACGGAAAGCCUCUGAAGUUCGAGCCUCGUCCGUUUUGGAUUUACGCUUUUGCUGUAGAUGCUCAAGAGCUCGAUUUCGGGAGAAGUUCAGUGGAUUUGAGUAAACUGAUUGAAGAAUCCAUGGAGAAGAGUUAUGAAGGAACGCGAGUUCGACAGUGGGACAUUAGCUUCAAUCUGGCGGGGAAAGCCAAAGGUGGAGAACUCGUUGUCAAAUUAGGGUUUCAGAUUAUGGAGAAAGACGGAGGUAUUGGAAUUUACAAUCAAGCACAGCCAAAGGAAUCGAAAUCGGGAAAAUCUUUCGGGAGAAAGCAAUCGAAGACCUCAUUCAGCGUUCUUAGUCCGAGAUUAACCAGUCAAAGUGAAGCUUGGACUCCAUCGCAAGCAAGAGCUUCGGCGGAUCUUCCAGGAAUGGAUGAUCUAAACUUAGAUGAACCAGCGCCCAUUCCCUCAACCUCGCCGUCUAUUAAAAAAUCUGAAGAACCGAGGACUGAAGAUCUCGAUCUUCCAGACUUCGAAGUUGUCGACAAAGGAGUAGAGAUUCAGGACAAAGAGGAAGAAGUGGAAAAAGAAGAAUCUGAAAAAUCAGUGGAAGCAAAGUCGACUUCAAGCGAGGUAGUUAAGGAAGUUGUACUCGAUCAGGCUCAUUUGAAUCGAUUAUCAGAACUGGAUUCGAUCGCACAGCAAAUCAAAGCUCUGGAGUCAAUGAUGGGAGAUGAAAACUCUGGGAAAAACGAUGAAGAAUCGGAUUCACAGAGACUUGAUGCCGACGAAGAAAACGUAACGAGAGAAUUUCUUCAGAUGCUGGAGGAAGAAGACGGUACUGGCUCAUACAGCAAUAACAGUAAACUGAGUUACCCUGAAAUUCCUCCUCUCCAACUUGAAGAAACAGAGGAUUCCUCGGAGACUGAAUCCAAAUCGUACAUUUCAGAUCUUGGGAAGGGGUUAGGCUGCGUAGUUCAAACCAGAGAUGGAGGCUACUUAGCCGCCAUGAAUCCACUAAACACCCAAGUUUCAAAGAAGGACACUCCAAAACUAGCGAUGCAGAUAUCCAAACCAUUCAUUUUAGCAUCCACACAGUCGCUGAGUGGGUUUGAAUUGUUUCAAAGAAUGGCUUGCAGUGGACUAGAGGAACUGAGCUCAAAAGUAGUAGCACUAAUGUCUUCGGAUGAACUCAUGGGGAAAACAGCAGAACAAAUAGCAUUUGAAGGAAUUGCCUCAGCAAUCAUUCAAGGGAGAAACAAAGAAGGAGCAAGCUCCACCGCCGCUCGCGCCAUUGCUGCUGUAAAAGCAAUGGCGACUGCAUUGAGCACAGGAAGGAAAGAGAGGAUUUCGACAGGAAUUUGGAACUUGAACGAAGACCCUCUGACCAUUGAAGAGGUUCUAGCAUUCUCAAUGCAGAAGCUGGAAGAAAUGAGCGUGGAAGCCUUGAAAAUCCAGGCCGAAAUGGCGGAAGAAGAAGCCCCAUUUGACGUCUCUGCUCUGAAUGUGAAAAUUGGGGGAAAAGAUCAGAAUCAAAUCCACCCAUUGGACUCUGCAAUUCCAUUUGAAGAUUGGAUGAAGAAAUUCAACUUCAGUGGAUAUGGAAACAAAAGAGAAGAAGAUGCAGAAGAAGGGGUGACAGUGGGGGUGGUGGUGCAGCUAAGAGACCCAUUAAGGAGAUACGAAACAGUGGGAGGGCCAGUGGUGGGUCUGGUCCAUGCGAAAGAAGCAAAAAUGGAAGAAAAAACAAGCAAAUACGAAGAGGAAAGAAGAUUUAAGGUGAUGAGCAUGCACGUGGGAGGGUUGAAGAUGAGAGGGGGAGGGAAGAGAAAUACAUGGGACAGUGAAAAACAGAGGCUGACGGCGAUGCAGUGGCUGGUGGCGUAUGGGAUUGGGAAGGCGGCGAAGAAGGGAAGAAAUUUGGCAUCGAAGGGACCGGAUUUGCUGUGGAGCUUAUCGUCCAGAGUAAUGGCGGACAUGUGGCUCAAACCUAUACGAAACCCAGAUGUUAAGUUUGCUAAUUAGAUCAACCUGUUCCAGUUCCGGCCAGUACUAGCCUCGCCGCCGGAGACCCACACCGGAGAUUGUGUUUGUUUAGCGUGUUGAUAUUUAUUGUUUUCUAUAUAAUUAAUUGUAAAAAAGUAUAUGUUCACUAGGAAAACAGGAGAAAUUGCAUAGUUCAUUUUGUAUUUAACUAAAGAAUCCGAAUAAAUCGCCAAAAAUCAGAUUAUCUUGCUUU